AUGGCGUCGAACAUGGCCAUGAACCAGCGCGUCCAGAAGAUCCUGCUCGAGCUCAUGCGCGAGCGCCACAGCCUCUACGCGGGGUUCACGGACGUCGAGCUCAAGUCGAUCCUCAAGUCCCACGCCGGGGACGUGUCGGCGUGCCACGCGACGAUCCAGGGCCUCCAGGACGCCGACGGGGGGACGGGCGACGUCGCCGCGCUCUACCGCGCGCGCCACGGCCUCGAGCCCGGCGACGGCGGCGGCGACGGCGACGGCCGCGGCGAGGCGGCGGACGCGGCGGGCUUCCCGGGCCCCGGGGCCUACGCCGCGGGCGAGGCCGGCGCCUUCGACCGCGGCGCGAAGCGCUACCGGACCGACGGCGCCGAGGAGGAGCGCGGCGGCGGCGAGCCCUCGAAGAAGAAGCGGCACCGGCCGUCGCGAGACCGCGCGCGCGAGCGCAUCGAGCGCCGCGUGCCCCUGACGCGCGAGGGCGUGGACAGCCUCGACUGGAACGAGGCCUGCGAGUACGCCAAGUCCAUGGGCGUGUCCAAGAAGAGCCACACGACGCGCGACGCGUACCGCGACGCGUGCCGGUCGUGGUUCGACGGCCGCGAGCGCGCGGUCUUCGUCCCCGCGCGGGCGCCCAACGCGCCGCGCCAGCGCUGGCAGCGCGCGGGGGCCGACGGGCCCCCCGGCGCGCCCGACGGCCGCGCGCCGCGCCCCGCGGGCCGCCGCGGCGCCUCGCCCGCGGCGCUGAGCCCCCGGGACCAGUUCGCGCGGGCCAAGCGCACGGCGCCCCACGAGGGCUACUCGAGCGACGAGGCCGACGACCACCCGCGCCCGCCCCGCGUCGUCGCCGCGGACACCAUCGAGCCGUCGUCCGACGAGGACGACGACGAGGCCGACGUCACGCCGCCGCCGACGGACGCGCACACGGACGAGCAGCGCGACAUCGCCCGCCUCAUGGUCGCCGGCGUCGCCGGCGGCCGGCCCUAG